AUGACAGAUCAGUCAACCUACCGGACGUACGAGACUGCUCCCGAACAGGGUUCAUUCUCAGGACACCAUGCAUCAAGUUCACAAACUCCCACACGCGAGACGGGCACAUACGCGCGAUCGGACAGCACGGUCGUCGAUAGCGCCGAUGAAUGGUGUGGAAAGAAGAUUUUUGAUUCCGUCCUCGCGGAAUCGAUCUUCCGUGCCAUCGUUGGCUCUGAUACCACCAAAGACCCCAAAGAUGUUUUCUCCCAUGUUGUUGGCGAAUUUCCGUAUCUCGCAUGUGCAAGAGAAGUGAGGUCAAUCGCUCACUUAGAAGCGGCCCGAGCUCAAACCGGAGCCCAGGACCAUAAGGCUGCUUUGAUGGGCAGCAUCGGCGCUGCAAUUCGUCAAGGCGGCGACGGAAUUCAAACUGAGCUUAAAGCGAUCGUCCAGGAUUACGGACUAUCAAAGGUUCCUGGAAUUCGUCUCGAUCGUGCUGCUCCGUCCCAUCGACGAGAUGCAAGACCACCACGGUUGCCGUCACCUCCGCUGUCAGACGAUGAUAUCGACGAGAUACCAAGGCAGUUUCAUGAUCAGACUGCAGUCUCGCGAAGAGUUGCACCAGGCAUUAGUCCGGGAAUAUAUACAGCGAAGCUACACCUUUGGAUGCAGUCAGAAGGCAAAAACUUUCAUUACGACUACAGGCCGCUGGACACUCUGGAAACUCAGGCGCAUUUAAGACUUGAUGGUCAAGACUUCACGGCGAUUCGACGAAAGAAGUUAGAUGCAAAACACGAAGUGUCAAGGCAGGCUUGCGUGCAUUUGAGGUUGUAG